GAAAGGAGCCCCCCCUGCGCUGGAGCAACAAUGCUGGGGGUGGGGCAAACGAGAGAGCUUGGUAGCUAGCUGAACUCUCGCUUCGGAGAGGGAGACAGCAGCCGUCAUCUCGAGAUGUAUGGAAUAUCCUGGUUGACUGUCCCCUGUAGUGGGCGCAUUGACUUAGGCCUGUUGCGACAUAGAUAAGAUUGUUCUGAGACACCCUCAGUAUGCAAUUGGAUCUGGUCCUUUUGAGAGAUGCUUGUCUUAAUUCUCCUAAUCGGCUGAGCAUGUACAGUACUGUAUUUAUUGUACUGUACUCUGUGGAAGGAUUCUCACUACCACCAGAGUCGUUGAAUGGAACAGAUGCCACUGGGAUUGAGAUGAAGAACGAGCCAUUGAAGACGAGGUCUGGGUGUACGAGUGGUGUAUGCUACGACACACCCUCGAUAAAAGAACAAGGUACAAUGCAUUGGGGAACUCACUUGUUGAUUUUGCAGGUGUUCUUCUGUGUAAGUCUAUUCAAUUUGUUGUAUUUCAGAUAGCACAGCCUCAACCAGGCACCCAGAUGACCAGGCAUCAAGGCACUAAGAUGCUCAGGUACUAAG